UGCGCGCUGGAUUCGGCGGGAAUUCGCGCCGGGUCUGCGAUUUCGGAGCCGGCCCUGCUGCCCGGGCUCGCGGUGGGGGCUCCUAGGUCAAGAUUGGUUCCGGGGCUACGGUUCCUUCGCUCCUCGGAAGCCCCGUAACUGCGAUUUUCCCGUCGGGGUUGCGUGCUCGUACCCAGCCGUGGAAGAAGAUGCGCGGAGCAGGCUGCGGCUGGGAUUUGUGCUGAUUACGUUGCCUCACGUCCUCGUGAGGGCAAUAGCGUCUUUUAUGCCUUUUCCCGUUUUGCCGGGGCACGUCCGCGGUCCGCCCACAGGAGGGACGGCUCGGGGUAUUGCUAGCCGUAGCCGUUUUACAGGAGCUAGCACGGGAAAGUUGCUGCCAGUACGAACAGGAUACGAUUAUAGCACGGCUCCGUUGCAGACGGGGCCUGUACUUGAGAAUAACCCCUCCAAGAGUGCAAACGCCAAGGACCAGAUUCUUUCUGGUACAGAGAAUGUGACUACAGGCAAUGCACGUGGCGCUAGCUCCUUGAGAUCGCCAAACGGCCCACCAGAGAAGGCUAGCUCUGUCGGAAAAGCUGGAGAGCAACCUUAUCUCUACCAGCAAAAUGUGUAUGCACCACAGCCACAACCACUCUAUCCUGGAGGAUACAUGAACCCUUCAGGACAAUGGGAGGAAUAUCCCCAUUAUGUGAAUAUGGAGGGGCUCCAUUCCGUAUCUCCCGGAAUCUACAAUGACAACCAGUCCCUCAUGCUAUCUGCUGGAUAUGCAAACAACCCCCAAAUGAUGUAUGGAGCAUAUUCUCCUGUUUCCACUGCUGGAGAUGGCCAACAAUACUUCCCUGUGCACUAUUCCUUCUCAAAUCCUUACUAUCAACCACCAGCUUCUCCUAGCAUGGGAUAUUCAAACUCCGCAACUGGAAUGUCCCAAGGAGACCCUAUGCUGCAGCAAGAGUAUUUCCUUCCUGAUGGCCUUCUAUAUUCACCCACACCAGGGUAUCAUCAACCAUUCAGCUCAUUUGACAGAGCACUGACACAGCCAAAUAAUGCUCCUGGGUUGUUUGGUCAAGGGAGUCUACCACUGGCUUCUGGAAUGCAUCAUGGAUCGAUGUAUGGUCCUGGAUCCUACAAGGGACGCCAGUAUGGUAGCAAAUUUGGUGGCACUACUCCAAGUUGGAGUUCUGCUGGCCGCAGAUUUGGUACUUUCGACUUGAGUGGCAAUCAACAAAGGGGGAGCAUGUCAUUUGGUAGUCAUAAUGGCUCUCUGGAGUUUAUGAAUGAGCAAAACCGUGGGCCACGUGCUACAAAACCAAAGAUACAAGACACAGAGAACUCAGGAGAUGAGAAAAGCGAGAAAACUGUUCCUCUAAUUGAUAGUGAACUGUACAAUCGCUCUGAUUUUAUCACUGAGUACAAGGAUGCCAAAUUCUUUGUAAUAAAGUCCUACACCGAGGACCAUGUACAUAGGAGCAUUAAAUAUAAUGUUUGGGCUAGCACAGCCAGCGGAAACAGGAAGCUGGAUUCUGCUUACCGUGCGGCCAGAGAGAAAGAAGAGCAUUGCCCUAUUUUCUUGUUUUUCUCGGUUAAUGGAAGUGGCCAAUUCUGUGGCGUGGCUGAGAUGAUUGGACCUGUCGAUUUUGACAGAAGUGUUAAUUACUGGCAGCAGGAUAAGUGGAGUGGCCAGUUCCCAGUGAAGUGGCACAUAAUUAAGGAUGUACCGAACAACCUUCUGCGGCACAUCAUUCUUGAGAACAAUGACAAUAAGCCUGUCACAAAUAGCAGGGACACCCAGGAGGUGAAGCUGGAACAGGGCCUCCAGAUGCUAACGAUCUUCAAGAGCCAUGAGGCUGAGACAACAAUUGUGGAAGAUUUCGACUUCUAUGAGCAGCGGGAGAAAGCCUUGCAGGAGAACAGACGUCAACAGCAUGCUGCCAGCACCGAUACCCAGAAACUGGUGGAUACCAAGGCUCAAGAUGCUGUGGCCGACAUAUCAGAUGCAUUUGCCAAGGCCGUCCAGUUGAAGAAUACUGAGAACAGUGGGACAACCCCCAAAACUGAGGGUGCUUCAGCUGAAAAGGGUUCCGCUGCCACAGCCAAGGUUGAAGGAAGUGCAAACCUGAACACAGGCCCUGUGGAGGAAAGCAGUUGAUUCGUUUCCCUUCUAUCUGCAAAUUUGGAGCAGCAGAUGAAUAGCAUGGUGCGAUGUGAAGGUCAGAAAGGGGAAGGUGUGUUGAAUAUGGUCGUGCCCCCGUCAGUUGUACAACAUCAUAGGCUUUCUUUUAUGGCCAUUUAGGUUAUAAAAUUUCAAUAUCAUAGUUCCAAAAUUGUUGUUCCCGGUUGUCUUCGUUCCUGUUCUGUUUUGCUUCCGUCUUCCAUGUUCCUGUGUCGUACCAUGAAUGAUGGUUCAAUUUAGUGGGUUUAGGCAUAAGAAGCUGCAGAAUUAUGCCGCGGUAAAAGUUGCAUUUUCUGCAGCUGAAUGUGAUACUCUGCACUGUCUCCAUCCUUGUGUAAUUUCAGAGAUCCUUUCUCUAGUGUAUCUUCGUCUUGUUGCUUUCAACAUGUACAGUUCUGCCACAUUGCUUCAAAGAACUCAUGCAUGACCA